GACAACGCCCUGAUAUUGCCAGCUCUGCCUCUUGACAAACAAGAAUGAUACUAAGAAUUCGCUCAAAAGAUGGAAUGCAGAGGAUCUCUGUAGAUGAACAGGCAGAUAUGAGUGUUGUUCUUGAGAGGGAAUGUAUAUUUACUAGUGGGAUUAGUUAUGCUUAUAUUUGUUUUCUAGGUUGUUGAGAUAUCUGGAGAAAAGGAUUUAGAAAAGAUUGAAAUUUCCAAGGAUCCGUCUAAAGAGCGUUUUUUUUCUUCUGUAUUAUCUGGGAAGACAGUGAAGAGUUUAGGUUUUAAACAUGGUGAUAUUGUUUAUGUCUAUAUAAGGGAGAAAGAGAAAAGCUUUAGUUCUCCAGAGAAGACAGGAGAAGAGAAAGAGAAAGAUUCGUUGUCUUAUGAUGUGUGUAAACAGGUGAUACAGGAUGUGGUGGAUGAUUUUCUUGAUACACAAGACGGGAAAUUAGUAAAUACUCAGAGUGCAUUAUGUAAACAUGGAACGAAAGGAAUGUGCAAUAAUUGUAUGCCUUUAGAUCCAUAUGAUGCGAAUUAUCUUAAACAGAACAAGAUUAAGCAUCAAUCGUUUCAUUCGUAUCUUAGAAAGAUAACUAAAAAUAGCAAAAACUCAAUACCAGGAGCUCUUUUAGUUGAGCCGUUUUAUGGAAUUAAAAAAGAUUGUCAGUCGGGACAUAAACCAUGGCCUCUUGGGAUCUGUACAAAAUGUCAGCCCUCUACGGUGACACUUCAGCCACAAGAAUUUAGAAUGGUUGAUCAUGUAGAAUUUUCUAAUUCCUCUAUGAUUGAUACAUUUUUAAAUUAUUGGAGAUUAUCAGGACAUCAAAGAUUUGGUUUUCUUUAUGGGCAAUAUAAGCCCUAUGAUUCGGUCCCAUUAGGAAUCAAAGCAGUUGUAGAAGCAAUAUAUGAACCUCCACAGGAAAAUGAGGCUAAUGGGAUUUCUUUAAAUCUUCCAUGGAAUGAUGAAAAUACUGUUGAUGAAGUUGCUCAUUUUUUUGGACUUAAAAAGAUUGGAAUGAUAUUUACAGAUUUAACGGAUGAUGGAUCUGGAAAAGGAACUGUAAUUUGUAAACGGCAUAUGAAUUCUUUUUUUCUUUCUUCUUUAGAAAUUACUUUUGCCGCAAAAAUGCAAUUAAAGCAUAAAAAUAUUUGCAAAUGGAGUAAAACAGGUGAAUUUAGUUCAAAGUUUGUAACAUGUGUUGUUUCCGCCAAUAAAGAUGGUAAUAUUGAUAUUUUUGCUUACCAAGUAUCAAAUUCUGCCAUGGCAAUGGUAGAUGCAAAUAUUAUAGAACCUAGCAUUGAUCCAAAUAUAAUGUUAAUUCGAAAAGAAGAAUUCGAUGUUUAUAUACCGGAGGUAUUUUUUCAAAAAAUUAAUAAAUAUGGAAUACAAGUUCAAGAAAAUGCAAAAUCGGCAUUUCCUGUAGAAUAUCUCAUAAUCACUUUAACACAUGGUUUUCCAAUGAACCCCGAUCCUAUUUUUCCUCCUGCAUUUAAUACUUUUUUAAUCGAAAACAGAGCUUCUAUUGGGCAAAUACAGAAUAUAUAUCCUUUGGCUGAAAAGAUUAAACCUAUUAUUGAACAUCCCGAUGGAGAUAUAUUAAAGACGCUUUGCGAUUUUCAUCUUUUAACCUAUUUAUGGACUCUUGGGAUUUUAAAUAAGGAUGACGGUUCACUUUUUAUUAAAUGUAUUAGGGAAAAUAAUGCUACAGAUAUAUACACUUUAUUAGAUACACCAAGUUGGCAAACACUUAUAACAAUUCUUCAUGAAAGUAACCUGCUUUAAAGAGGAAAAAGAUACACCAUAUUAACUACUUUUCCUUUAUCUUUUU